AAAGAACGCGUGCUGCCGCCUCCCGCUCCCUUUGACGCUGAGAACCUGGCCCACCGCAGAACGCUCCAAGGCCAGGCGAAGAUGGCCUCGGUACCGGUGUAUUGCCUCUGUCGGCUGCCUUACGAUGUCACCCGCUUCAUGAUCGAGUGUGACAUGUGCCAGGACUGGUUUCAUGGCAGUUGUGUUGGUGUUGAAGAGGAGAAGGCUGCUGACAUUGACCUCUACCACUGCCCCAAUUGUGAGGUCUUACAUGGGCCCUCCAUCAUGAAAAAACGCCGUGUAUCUUCAAAAGGCCACGAUACACACAAGGGGAAGCCAGUGAAGACGGGAAGCCCUACGUUCAUUCGAGAGCUUCGGAGUAGGACCUUUGACAGCUCAGAUGAAGUGAUUCUGAAGCCCACUGGAAGUCAGCUGACCGUGGAAUUCCUGGAAGAGAAUAGCUUCAGUGUGCCCAUCCUGGUGUUGAAGAAGGAUGGAUUGGGGAUGACGCUGCCCUCACCAUCAUUCACUGUGAGGGAUGUGGAACACUAUGUUGGUUCUGACAAAGAGAUUGAUGUGAUUGAUGUGACCCGCCAGGCCGACUGCAAGAUGAAGCUUGGUGAUUUUGUGAAAUAUUAUUAUAGCGGGAAGAGGGAAAAAGUCCUCAAUGUCAUUAGUUUGGAAUUCUCUGAUACCAGGCUUUCUAACUUUGUGGAGACACCCAAGAUUGUUCGGAAGCUCUCAUGGGUGGAGAACUUGUGGCCAGAGGAGUGUAUCUUUGAGAGGCCCAACGUGCAGAAGUACUGCCUCAUGAGCGUGCGGGAUAGCUAUACAGACUUUCACAUUGACUUUGGUGGCACCUCGGUCUGGUACCAUGUGCUCAAGGGUGAGAAGAUCUUCUACCUGAUCCGCCCAACAAAUGCCAACCUGACUCUCUUUGAGUGCUGGAGCAGCUCCUCUAACCAGAAUGAGAUGUUCUUUGGGGACCAGGUGGACAAGUGCUACAAGUGUUCUGUGAAGCAAGGACAGACACUUUUCAUUCCUACAGGAUGGAUCCAUGCUGUGCUGACUCCCGUGGACUGCCUUGCCUUUGGAGGGAACUUCUUACACAGCCUUAACAUUGAAAUGCAGCUCAAAGCCUAUGAGAUUGAGAAGCGGUUGAGCACAGCAGACCUCUUCAAGUUCCCUAACUUUGAGACCAUCUGUUGGUAUGUGGGAAAGCAUAUCCUGGACAUCUUUCGAGGUUUGCGAGAAAACAGGAGACACCCUGCCUCCUACCUGGUCCAUGGUGGUAAAGCCCUGAACUUGGCCUUUAGAGCCUGGACAAGGAAAGAAGCUCUGCCAGACCAUGAGGAUGAGAUCCCGGAGACAGUGCGGACCGUACAGCUCAUUAAAGAUCUGGCUAGGGAGAUUCGCCUGGUGGAAGAUAUCUUCCAACAGAACGUUGGGAAGACAAGCAAUAUCUUUGGGCUGCAGAGGAUCUUCCCAGCCGGCUCCAUUCCCUUAACCAGGCCAGCCCAUUCCACUUCAGUAUCCAUGUCCAGGCUGUCACUGCCCUCCAAAAGUGGUUCAAAGAAGAAAGGCCUGAAGCCCAAGGAAUUCUUCAAGAAGGCAGAGCGAAAGGGCAAGGAGAGCUCAGCCUUGGGGCCUGCUGGCCAAUUGAGCUAUAAUCUCAUGGACACAUACAGUCAUCAGGCACUGAAGACAGGCUGUUCCCAGAAAGCAAAGUUCAACAUCACUGGUACCUGCUUGAAUGACUCAGAUGAUGACUCGCCAGACUUGGACCUUGAUGGGAAUGAAGGCCCGCUGGCCCUGUUGAUGUCUAAUGGCAGUACCAAGAGGGUAAAGAGCUUAUCCAAGUCUCGGCGAGCCAGGAUCACAAAGAAGGUAGACAAGGCUAGGCUGGUGGCAGAACAUGUGAUGGAGGAUGAAUUUGACUUGGAUUCAGAAGAUGAACUGCAGAUUGACGAGAGACUGGGAAAGGAGAAGGCGACCCUGAUAAUAAGACCAAAAUUUCCCCGAAAGUUGCCCCGUGCGAAGCCUUGCUCUGACCCCAACCGAGUUCGUGAACCAGGAGAAGUUGAGUUUGACAUUGAGGAGGACUAUACAACAGAUGAGGACGUGGUAGAAGGGGUCGAAGGCAAGCUUGGAAACGGGAGUGGAGCUGGUGGAAUUCUUGAUCUGCUCAAGGCCAGCAGGCAGGUGGGGGGACCUGACUAUGCUGCCCUCACCGAGGCCCCUGCCUCUCCCAGCACUCAGGAGGCCAUCCAGGGCAUGCUGUGCAUGGCCAACCUGCAGUCCUCAUCAUCCUCGCCAGCUACCUCCAGCCUGCAGGCCUGGUGGACCGGGGGGCAGGACCGAAGCAGUGGGAGUUCCAGCAGUGGGCUGGGCACAGUGUCUAGCAGUUCUGCUUCCCAGCGCACCCCAGGGAAGCGGCCCAUCAAGCGGCCAGCAUACUGGAGAACCGAGAGCGAGGAGGAGGAGGAGAACGCCAGUCUCGAUGAACAGGACAGCUUGGGAGCAUGCUUCAAGGAUGCAGAGUAUAUUUACCCUUCCCUGGAGUCUGACGAUGAUGACCCUGCUUUGAAAUCUCGACCCAAGAAAAAGAAGAAUUCAGAUGAUGCUCCAUGGAGUCCUAAAGCCCGUGUGACCCCAACUCUACCGAAGCAGGACCGUCCUGUGCGUGAGGGGACCCGGGUAGCUUCCAUUGAGACAGGCUUGGCUGCAGCAGCUGCAAAGUUGGCCCAGCAGGAGCUACAGAAGGCCCAAAAGAAGAAAUAUAUCAAGAAGAAGCCUUUGUUGAAGGAGGUAGAACAGCCUCGCCCUCAAGAGCCUAAUCUCAGCAUGGCAGUACCAGCCCCAACUCUGGCCACUACACCCCAACUUCUCACCUCCUCCUCGCCCCUGCCUCCCCCUGAGCCUAAACAAGAGGCCCUCUCAGGAAGUCUUGCUGACCAUGAGUAUACUGCUCGUCCCAACGCCUUUGGGAUGGCCCAGGCAAACCGCAGCACCACACCCAUGGCCCCUGGUGUCUUCUUGACCCAGCGGCGCCCUUCAGUCGGCUCCCAGAGCAAUCAAACAGGACCAGGAAAGCGUCCCAAAAAGGGCCUGGCUACAGCAAAGCAGAGACUCGGCCGUAUCCUGAAAAUCCACAGAAAUGGCAAACUGCUUCUGUGA